AUAAUAAUACAUUGUUAAUAAAUAAUAAAUAAACACACUCUUUAAAUUAUUCUCUCACUCCUUUCUCCCCCACUUCCCUCGGCCAUAAAAACCCUUCACUUUUCUUUGUUUUAGAUCUUAUCGAGUUUCAGUCAUGAAAUUCCCAUUUGUUUACCAAACCUCACAUCCAAAUUCCAUUCCUAUUUGCAAUUCUUAUUUCACUUUCUUGUAGUAAUUAAUUCCCCACUUCACCAUUUCUCUUGCAGCUUUUUCCACUCCAAGAUUUGUGUACCCACCAAAAAUUUUCUUUUUUUUCUCAUAAAUGCUGAUAUGAAAUUUAUAUUUUCCUGUUCCAAGAUUCUUGCUUUGAACCGUUCUUGUUCCUGAAUAUAUGUAUAUUAUCCACAAACUUAUCCGAUAUUGUUAACACUGUCAUGUCUUUUAGUUCACUUUCUUAUUUUGUUGAUGCCGCCAAUUCAUGAAUGUGAAAACGGAUCUGAUAUCUUCAAGAUCCGUACAAUCUAUAUCUGGCAGCGACGGUUGUGGUGGCCGGAUUUAGCAAUACCCAUUAACCCGUCUGUUGAUUUCAUUGCGCCGAUGAAAAGGUCAGUCCGUCCACUAUAUAGCAUUCUGUUACUGAUUGUGUUUGCUAUUACUAUCAGUUGCCGGAUUCUGAUCCGUCGUGCCGCUGGUGGUAACGACGUCGGAUUCUUCAGCUCAAUCGAGCUAGAAACUAAUGUAAUAGUUAGCCCACCAGUCCCAGUUUUCAAUUCUACUCUGCUAAAAUAUGCAGCUAUUGAUAUAGGUGAAACUCAAGGAAAGCAAGAAAUAGAGCAGUUAUUGGAAGGUAAUUUUGCUAGUCAAGGAAGGUACAGGACUUUUGCCACUUGGAGAAAGUUUAACCAUCAUGAUGUUAGAGCUAGCUCUUCUAGAGCUAUACCUGUAAUGCUUAGGUCACCUCAGUUUUACAGGUAUUGGUUAGAUUUUAGAAGGGUAUUGCAUGAUUGGGCUAGAAAAAAGAGGUACCAACCUGAUAUAAUGAACAACUUGAUAGGGCUUGUAAAAAAUCCAAUUGAUGCUAGUAAUGGAUUGGUGGGCUUAAACAACAAGUAUGGUUCUUGUGCUGUAGUGGGAAAUAGUGGGAUUUUGUUGCAAAAAGAUUAUGGGAAGUUGAUUGAUGGGCAUGAGAUUGUAAUUCGAUUGAACAAUGCAAGAACAGAGAGAUUUGAGCAAUUUGUUGGGUCUAAAACCAAUAUUUCCUUUAUAAAUAGCAACAUAUUGCAUCUUUGUGCAAGAAGGCAAGGAUGUUUUUGUCAUCCAUAUGGGAUUGAUGUUCCUAUGGUUAUGUAUAUUUGUCAACCGAUGCAUUUCUUGGACUAUACCAUCUGCAAUUCGUCUCAUAAGGCGCCUUUGAUCGUUACUGAUCCACGCUUUGAUGUGUUGUGUGCAAGAAUUGUUAAAUACUAUUCUUUGAAGCGGUUUGCAGAAAGGACGGGUAAAGCAUUGGACGAAUGGGGCUCUGCACAUGAUGGUGCUAUGUUCCAUUACUCCUCUGGUUUUCAAGCUGUAAUGCUAGCUGUGGCGAUAUGUGACAGAGUUAGCAUAUUUGGAUUCGGAAAAUCGAAUUUAACUAAGCACCAUUAUCACACAAAUCAAAAAGGUGAGCUUGGUUUACACGAUUAUGAAGCAGAGUAUGAUUUUUAUAGCGAUUUGGUGAAUGUUCCACGCUUAAUACCAUUCGUUUCAGACAAGUUCAAGUUUCCUCCUGUGGUAAUUUAUCACUGAAUGUUUUCGGGGUUGAUCUUUUGUUUUUGAAAAAUUAGAAUUUUCAUUGCAAGGUUAAGUCUUUGUAUUGCUCUAAUUGUAAUUACUUCCACAAGACAAUCAAAAGGAAUAUAGCUGAAGAUUUCCGUUUUAGUUUCUGGCCUUGCACCAUUCAGGUAGCUUAGGGUGAUAAUGAAAAAUUGACUAGAAUAUGAUUUCAAGAUUUGGGUUCUGUUUUGUCUUUCAAAGUCCUCAAAUUCUCGUCUUGAUUACUUCUUUGCUUAAUAUGCUCAUUUGAGCAAUCAUAUUAAGCAUUCCUCAUAGCUGAUGCAUCUUUAAACUCCUAAAUAUGUUGUUAAAUCGUAUAUGAGAUCUUUGGGAAAUGAUACGCGGAAUUUAGGACAGUAUGCUGCUAUUAGUUCUUGUAAAUACAUGCUUUUAUUUGGGCAGACGUGCUUCUAUAGGCUACAGGCCUUUGUAUCAUACAGUAUAGUGUAGGCAAAAGAAUUGUAUAAUCCCAAUUAUGGCCAAUUUGUAUGAUAUUUCUUUCUUUGCA